GUGUUUUCAGCUCUGUGAGUGCUCGCAUGCACACAGGUUUGUGUUUCAUUACACAAAUGCUAACACUUCAUGCCCAUAGCCACGCCCCUUGCUUCUCCCAUGUGUGUAUCCAUACAUACAGCUUGCCUUAUUCUUUUUAAAGAAUUGCUCAAUAGUUCAACAUAUUGAUGUACUAAAAUUUGUUUAUUUGACUGGCCCUCAGAUGAUGGGUAUUUAGGAUACUCGCUAGUGUGUUGCUAGUAUAUAUGUAGUACCGAAGUGACUAUUCUUAUUCAUGUUAUUUUAUGUACUUUCCUUAGUUUUUAAAAAUUGUGCAUCAAGUAAGAAGUGGACAAGCUAAAUUAAAAAGGCCUUGAAUGCUUGGAACUUGAGUGAAAGGCACAUGUGAGUGCCUGCACACAUCCACAGGUAUACACACACUGAAAGCCCCGUAGCUGGGAAAGUACACCUAAAGAAACUAAUCUGAGUGUUUGAAACAAGUGUAACUGUGGCUGAAUAAAAUGUCUUGAUUUCCAUAUUUCUAAUAAAUUGGAGUAGUAAAUUUCUCAAGAUAGUCUUAGGAUUUUUUCAAUAAUAUUUGAAUUCUUUGCCCAUUACAAAGUAUGUUGCUAGCUUAGAAUCACAGAUGUGUCCCAAGGAUGGAAAAAUAACCUGGAAUGCCAAGAAAGCGCCAAAGACUGAGCAUAAUUUAGUCACAUUAUGGUCCUAACAACAAAUCAGUAACUCAGAAUAUUUUGUUACUGGGUUGUUGAGCAGGGAAGACCCAGCAUUCAUCUGUGUGUCCCUGCGUUUUCUUUUUCCAUUGGUCAGGGAGUUGCUAGGUAACAGCCUGCCUGUUACUUUGGAUUAGGAAUGCUGCCUUGUUUUCAGUUACCCACCACGACUUUCAGAAGAAGUCGCAGUUGUGGACCGCCCUGAAGUGGAAGAGAGAUUUGUACAAAUAAAGAGUGACAGUGAGGACUGACAUCUGGGAUUAUUUCAAGAUGAGCUUCCUAUUGCCCAUGCCUACUAGCAAAAAAGAAGUAGACCAGGUGAUAAAAAGUCCUGAGGAGAAGGAGUUAGUCCUCAAGUUUGGGAGAGAUGGAGAUCCUGUCUGUCUGCAACUAGACAAUUCGCUCUCCACAGUCUCUUCCAACCUGAGUAAAAAGGCUGCUGUGUGUCAGAAGGUUGUGUUCCAAAGCCCAGUUUAUACACACUAUUUUGACAUCAGUUACAUCCCAUCGAUUGUAUUUUUCUUCAGUGGGCAGCAUAUGAAAGUGGAUUAUGGGUUUCCCGAUCACACAAGGUUUGUGGGAAGUUUCAAAACCAAACAAGACUUCACAGAUUUUAUUGAAGUAAUUUACUAAGGAUCAAUGAGGGAAAAACUUAAAAGUCUCAUUGAACCCAGGAAUAUCCCUUAAUGUGACCUUCUCUAGCAAGACAUUUAGCACAUCAACUACCGUCAGAGUUGAAGAGAAGCUUAUUUGGGAACUGCUGUGCAAUUAGGCUGGACUUCAGACCAUGUCCCAGCUGGAAAAAGUGUAAUCCUUCCCCCUAAGGAGAAAACCAGCUGGAUGGUGAGGAUCUGGGAUGCCUGCCUGUCUCCCCCUUGCAGACCUCAGAAAAACCUUGCCAGCUUGCCCAGUGAGACUUCUUUCACCUUUUUAUUGUGCUUUUCUUUAUUAAGAUAA